AUGCACCAUCCCAACAUCGUCCGCUUCUUGGGCGUCGACUACGACGACCAAACCAAGACUGUACUCUAUGUGACCGAGCAGCUUGAGCGCGGGGACUUGGCAUCCAUCUUGGCCAGCGACGAAGUGCUUUCGGUCCAAGUGUGCAUACAGAUCCUGUUUGAUGUUGCAUGCGGCAUGACCUACCUCCACUCGCAGCCCAAGCCGAUCAUGCACCGCGACUUGCGCGCGGCCAACGUUCACAUUUCCCGCAACUACCGCGCCAAGGUGGCCAAUUUCGAGCUGAGUGGCAAACGUGGCCUCGACAAGUCUCGGGUCGGCACACCAGCGUGGACGGCGCCCGAGAUCUUGGCGGGCGAUGCCGACUACACGGAAAAGGUCGACGUCUACAGCUUUGCGAUGCUCAUGGUCGAGAUUAUGAACCGAAAGAUGCCAUACGCCGACGAAUCCAAAGCCAUGCCAGCGCCCCAGCUCUUGAACGAAAUCGUGUCGAAGCAACGGCGACCGACAAUUUUGCAUCCCGAAAAUUGGCCGCAACAAAUGCUCAACCUUGUGGAAGCGUGCUGGGAAGAAGACGCGGAAGAGCGCCCUGCGUUCCAGUCUGUCGUCGCAGAGCUGGACACAUAUUUGAAACAACCGCAGGCGUGAGCGUACGCCGGGUAUCUAUGAUGUACUAGUAGAAUGUAAAUGUGAAUUCAAUAUGGCAAUUCG